AGUAUAUUUUUACUCGUCUAUGGUCUGUGCCGAGUGCCAAACUCCGAAUUCUGCCGAAUUCCGAAGUUCUCGAAUCUCGAGUAGGAUUGAAAUUUAAAUAAAUUUUUGAGUAUUAGAUAAAAAUUCAGUCAAACUACUAUGAAGAAAUAAGUAAAUCAUAAUAAAGAAAACACAUAUAUUAAAUCAGUUCUGGCUGGAGCACCCGGUUCGAAAUGUUUUUGUUAAAUAUUUUGAAGCAAUCAACAAUAGUACAUUUGUGCUUUGCAAUUUCAUAUUUUACAUCAGGAUUACUGUUAAAUUUGGUGCAAGCAAUUUUAUACUUUGGCUUAAAACCUUUUAACAAAGCUCUAUACCGAAAAAUCAAUUACUAUUUAUCAUAUUCCUUUUCAUGUCAAUUGGUGUUUAUGUCAGAAUGGUGGGCAGGAAUAAAAAUGUUUAUUUAUGUAAAAAAAGAUGAAUAUGACAAAUAUUAUGGAAAAGAACACGGGUAUCUUAUUAUGAAUCACAGUUAUGAAAUAGACUGGCUCAUGGGUUGGCAGUUUUGUGACGGAAUUGGAGUUUUGGGUAAUUGUAAAGCAUAUGCCAAAAAGUCUAUACAAUAUAUGCCACCUAUUGGUUGGAUGUGGAAGUUUUCUGAAUUUGUAUUCCUAGAAAGGUCUUUUGAAAAGGACAAGGAGACAAUCAAGACACAAAUAGCAGAGAUUUGUGACUAUCCAGAUCCAGUUUGGCUAUUACUAACUCCAGAGGGUACCCGUUUUACCCCUACAAAACAUGAAGCCUCUUUAAAUUUUGCCAAAGAGAAGAACUUGCCACUUCUGAAGCACCAUUUAACACCAAGAACAAAAGGUUUCACCACAAGCUUACAGCACUUCAGAGGAAAAAUACCAGUCAUAUAUAACAUACAAUUGGCUUUUGAGAAGGACAGUAAGGUUCCCCCGACGUUGAUGAGUAUGCUGUACGGCAAACCGAUCCAGGCACACCUGUACAUCCAGAGGAUACCGGUGGAGCAGAUACCGGAGGAUGAGGCGGCAGCUGCUAAGUGGUUGCAUGACCUAUUUGUUACUAAGGAUAAGAUGAUGGAAUCAUUUAAGAACACGGGAGAUUUCUUCCUGGAAUCUGGCGUGGAGCGAGUAGAACCAUUUGUAAGGCAGCGCCGUAUAUAUUCACUUUUGAAUACAUUAAGCUGGGCCGUCAUCACUCUCACGCCGAUGUUGUACUACCUGGUAGGACUUCUUCUAAGUGGAAGACUGCUUUAUUUCUUCAUUGGAAGCAGCAUCAUUGCAGUUUUUUACGUUCUACUACAAAAGUCCAUCAGUAUGUCUCAGAUAAGCCGAGGAUCGUCGUAUGGGACUGAGAAGAAAAUUGAAACACCUGUAAAAAAUUCGAACUAACUUAAUUGAACACUAACACAAUAUAUAUAUAUAAACUGUAUAUAGUCACGCCUACCGUUUCCGAGUCGGUUCGUGACGAAUGUAUAGACGGGUUCUGGAUAUACACAUAGUAGAAAUCGAUUAGGAUCAGUCAAUUAAUGACGUUAUUUAUAAAUAAAAUACUUAAUUGACUCAUUCUCAUAAUAUACUACCCGGUUACAUUAUCUCUGGACUUGGCGUCGAUGACGUCACACCGUCGCUUUGUACGGUGUGCAAAACAAGCAUCACUAUUAUUAUCAAUAAAUAAACUACGAUUUAAGUUUUCUGCAUAACCUAUUGAUUUAUGUAAAGGUGUUGUGUUGUGAUGUUGAUUAUUAUUAUUAUAAUGAUAAUAAAAUUAUGAAAGAAUCUUGGUUAAGUACAAAAAGUAUUUAUUUUUCUAUUAUAUAUUGUUAGACCUAUUACCGACAUAGAACAACAGAAACUACAGAAGUAUUAACAACAAAAGUCAAAACGCAACAGUGAAAACCGCGGUUAAGCUAUUGCAUAGCAUUUUUUAUCAACUUACGCAAUUAUAAUUUUUAUUUAUUUUAUUUAUGCAGUAUUUUUUUUUGAUAAAAUUAAUUUAAAAAAAAGCAAACGGGAAGUGAGUAAAAUUUUACUUGCAAGAUUUGAUUACAGACAGACAGCGGGACAAGUGAAACUAAAUAAAAAUGCUUGUCAUAAUAAAAAUUAAAAAAACGUGAUAAAAAAAUAAAGAAAAUAAAAAAAAUCAAGACGUACCCCAGGCUUGAACCUGGGACCUUCUGCACAAAAAGCAUACGUGAUAACCGCUGUUCUACGGCCACUGUAAUGACCGUGGCGAAAUAUCUAUAUAGAUCUAGUUAGUAAGUAUUAGGUUAUUUUCGUUACGGAAUUUCUGGAUUCGGUCUCCACGCUCAAGGCCCGCGAUAGAAGCUAUGCAAUAGCUUAACAAAGCAAUAAAAUUUUACGACAUAUAUCGCUAAUGACGGAACAGGACGAGCGCGAGGGGUGAAAGGGGAACGGGAGGGUUCUACGUUUCGGCGAGGUCCAGAGAUAAUAUGGCCGUAUAGUAUACACAAUUUCAGCUGUAUUAACGACCCUACAAUUACAGAGUCGGUUCCUGAGAGAUUAUUUAUUUUAAAUUAAUUUUAAGGAUAUAAGAAAAAAUUAUAUAAAUAUACAAUACUGAGGUAUGCUUGAGAAUGAUAUACGCUAGCAUGCAUAUGCAUGAAAGCGCAUAAAGAAUGCCUUAUAAAUUUGACAGCGUGCAAAAUAUUGAAUUACGUCUUUGAGUAACGCGAGUGUUACACAUUUAAAUAAAACACUUUUAAAAGGAUUAAAACGCGUGUAAUUGUAACUGUGUUUUUACAUUAGAUUUGCGUAAGCAACAUUAGUAGUUAUCAGUUACAGUUGAAAUACUCAACCGCAGUUCCCCUGAAAACGUGAUGUGGAAAGGUCUCGAAACGUCGGUUUAACUUUUAGCAGGUAUUCUGGUACAUUAGAUAUGUCUUUGUUAUCUUUACAUAUUUCACGUUGACUUAGUAUUUCUUAGCUAUUGGUAUUAUGUACUAUAUCUGCUCAUGUGAGUUUAUAGUGUUCCAUGAGUUGUUAACUCAGGCGUUAUCCUGCAUACACCAAUGAAAUCAUUAUCAAUGUUUCUACAUAAAAGUUCUAAUUUAACACGCGCAUUUAAUUUAAUACGCGCCCCAUCGCUUAAUAAUAAUAAUAAUAAUUUAUUUCAGGCAUAACCCAUAGAAAUUACAAAUUAAAAUAAAAAAAAAACAAUUAAAUUACCACUAAAUCCAAUUAACUAACCAUACAAAAAAUUAAAUAAAUUACAAUUACUUACCUAUAUUAAAUAGCUUAUUUUCUAUUUUUAUCAAGAUGGAUGUCCAUCCAUCUUUUGAAAAUAUCGUUAUUAUAUACAUUGUUAGAGACAGUCAUCAGAAUUCCGUUGCUGGAGCGUCUCAUUCGAUCCCAAAAAGAAGCAAUUCUUGUGCGAAUUCGCUCUCGCAAAUAUACUUGCAGCCCUGCAAUACCUUGAAAGUUUCAUAAGAGCUUGAUAGGAAUCAUUAUAUUGCACUCUUAGUGAAUUUAAGGUCUUGUUUGAAUAAUUACACCAUAGUUGGCAGGUGUACAUACACAGGCAAUAAGUUAAUGAAAACGGUUUCCGUAAACAGAUCCUGUGCUGUGGCUAAAUAUCAAAUACCCCGAAUUCAUCGACUAGUGAAAAUGAGCCAUUAUAUUAUGUUUUAUAAUUUCCUCCCGCAGCGCCUAGUUACCUCAAGGACCGGCUCAGUCAAACUGUAGGAUUGUAAUAUGUGUGUAGGUAAUCAAUGUGUAAUUAAAAUCUAGUGUAAUGUUUGCCCUUUAACUGGAUAGCAGCUGAAGUUUUAAUACUUUUUACAUCGUGGAGAGACAAUACGACAAUACAAUAUUUUAGAUUGCUCUACUACUUGCUGUAAAUAAAUAUUUGUGUCAUGCGUCAAAUUUAGAGUAAAGCAAAUGCUAUGUCUCAGAUAUUUUAUUGGUUGCGGAUUUAUGUGUCGAUAGUAAAAUAUUACAAUGACAAUACAUACGUAGCUAGUGAAACUACGGGGCAAAUGAGACUUAACAUCUUAACGUCUCAAGGUGACGAGCGCAAUUGUAGUGCCGCUUAGAAUUUUUGGGGUUUUUCAAAAAUCCCGAGUGGCACUGCAUUGUAAUGGGCAGGGCGUAUCAAUUACCAUCAGCUGAACGUCCUGCCCUUUUCGUCUCUUAUUUUCAUUAAAAAACUGUGCUAGUGACUGUACAUCCGGUAUAUUCAUAUUUUUAUAUUUUCACAACAGACUUAAAAUAAUUAUACAAGCGUAUAUACGACCUGACAGCCUCUUAAUACGUUACCAAUUAUGAUUAGUCAAUGAGUGCGUUAGCUAGAAUUAAUAUUGAAAAUAAAUAUACAAUAUAUGAUAAUAAAAAAUUCUAAGGAUCGAAUUGCAAGCGUGGCUGACUGUUUACUACCUGUCAAUUAAAAUCGAUUACAGUCACAAUUAAGUAUGUGUCUCACAUUUUGAUUCAUGUAAAAUUAUGUAAGAUAGUCGAAUCACUAUCAACGUUUCAGAAAUGAACGGCGCUCCGAGAAUGAAAAUACAGCUCAAGAAAGUAACAUUAUUUUUUUUUGCUCUUUUUUAAUAACUUGAAUACUAUACAAAUGAUUUGAGUUUUCUUUAAUGUUAAUUCCCCCAAUAUUUGUCUUUAAAAAAUUCAACACGUGUUUCUCCUCUACACGAGGCAUCCUCAGGACGUGUUGUCUCGUAGAGCGGCUUCCGGCUCAUUUGAUUCAGUCUCGUACCAGAUUAUGGCGAGACAACACGUCCUGAGGAUGCCGCAUGUAGAGGCGAAACACGUGUCGAAUUGUUUAAAGACAAAUAUUGAUGGAAUUAGCACUAAAGAAAACUCAAAUCAUUUGUAUAAUUAUGGAUUUCCGCAAAGUAACGCCUAAUUCAAUAAAUAACUUGAAUACUCUUCAUAAACUGUGGCUAAUACAACAAAAAAUUGCCUGAUCUUUUAGACUUAGAUUAUGUUGCUUCCUCAGUUUCUUCGAUACUUUUAAUCAAUUACUUGUAUCGCAAUAUAUUUUUUUAUGCACAGAAAGAACAUGGUUAAGAUAAUGUUUAUUAAUUUAUGGGCUUAAAAAACUUAACUA